AUGGGGAACUGUAUUAGGCGGCAAAAGGCGUCUCGGGUUAAUGAUAAUGAUGAUGACUGGGGAUCUUUGCUGUCCAUUUACAGAGAAAGGGAAGGAGAUAACGGUGGGGGUACGAGCACGGUGGAGAAGGAGAUGUUGCUCAGCCGCAAGCGGGAUACAAACACGUCUACUAGAGAGAUGAAGAUAACUAUUUCGAAGAAGGAGCUGGAGGUAUUGGCGCAGCAGGUGGAAAUGCAGGGCUUGACACUUAGACAAGUCCUGGCCAAUAUGGUUAACGGUGACGACGGGGAGGAGCAGCCUCGGCCGUGGAAGCCGGAGUUACAAAGCAUUCCCGAGGUGAACUAG